AUGUCCCACAUCAAUGGAAGCAACGGUACCAACGGCCACAAGGUCCAUCACAAUCAAGGAACCUUCCUCUUCACCUCUGAGUCCGUAGGAGAAGGCCACCCAGACAAGAUCGCUGAUCAAGUCUCUGAUGCCGUUCUCGAUGCUUGCUUAGCCGUCGACCCCCUCUCCAAGGUUGCUUGCGAGACUGCCACCAAGACUGGUAUGGUCAUGGUUUUUGGUGAAAUUACUACCAAGCACAACAUCGACUACCAGAAGGUUAUUCGAAAUGCCAUCAAGGAUAUCGGAUACGAUGACUCUGCCAAGGGUUUCGACUACAAGACCUGCAACAUCUUGGUGGCCAUCGAGGAACAGUCCCCCGAUAUCGCUCAAGGUCUCCAUUACGAGAAAGCACUCGAACAACUAGGUGCUGGUGAUCAAGGUAUCAUGUUCGGUUAUGCUACAGAUGAAACUCCAGAGUUGUUCCCUUUGACUCUGCAAUUGGCACACAAGCUUAACGCUGAGAUGGCUGCUUCUCGACGCGACGGUUCCAUCCCAUGGCUCCGACCCGACACCAAGACUCAAGUCACUAUUGAAUACAAGCAUGAUAACGGUGCAGUCGUUCCUCUCAGAGUCCACACUGUAGUCGUAUCUGCUCAACACGCUGAGUCAAUCUCUACUGAGCAAUUGCGAAAGGAAAUUAAAGAGAAGAUCAUCAAGAAGGUCAUCCCUGCCAAGUACUUGGACGAUGAGACCAUCUACCACAUCCAACCCUCUGGACUCUUCAUCAUCGGUGGUCCCCAAGGUGAUGCUGGUCUUACUGGCCGAAAGAUCAUCGUUGACACCUACGGUGGAUGGGGUGCUCACGGUGGUGGAGCUUUCUCCGGAAAGGAUUUCUCCAAGGUCGAUCGAUCUGCAGCCUAUCUUGCCAGAUGGAUCGCAAAGUCAUUGGUUAACGCCAAGCUCUGCAGACGUGCUCUCGUCCAGCUCUCAUACGCCAUCGGUGUUGCUGAGCCACUCUCCAUCUUCGUUGACAGCUACGGCACCUCUAACCUCUCCUCUGACGAGCUCGUCGAAAUUAUCAACAAGAAUUUUGAUCUCCGACCUGGUGUGAUUGUCAAGGAGCUUGACUUGGCCAAGCCAAUCUACUUCCAGACUGCCAAGAACGGUCACUUCACCAACCAAAACUUUAGUUGGGAGAAGCCUAAGACACUCAAGUUCUAA